AUCGACAUGAUGUUCUGACUAGUAGAAGAUCUGGAUGAGCUUGAUAAAAUGACCAGUUUCGAUCAUUAUCGUGACCCAAGAUAGGCACACAAAAUCAUGAACCGAACUGUAUCGGACACGACCCAACUACAGUAAACCUUAACCCUUUCCAAGCGCACCAACACCACCAACUACCAAGUUACUCUCUCUCUCUCUCUCUCUCACUUGACAAAUCCACCAUUGGCUCCCUCUCCAUUUUCUUCUGAAACAACCAAAUUGAGAGCUUAAUAACUUGUAAUAAUUAAGUCUAUGGCACUUCAACUGCAAGUCUCUCUGAGUACUACUGCCUGCUCCAACUCGCCGUUAUGGCCCACAAAGCAGCGUUCGAUUUCCGAGGUGGGUUUUACCGGCGCCGAAAAGAGGAGAGAGAAGAUGGGCGUGAAUAAUGUUGGUGGUGCCGGCGGGGGCAAACGGUGCUCCGUUUUUGGGAUGAUGAGGCCGGUGAGGUGUAGCCUGGACACGGCGGGGCCGGUGGUGGCGGUGGGUCAGGUGACGGAGGUGUGCAAGGACACCUUCUGGCCUCUCGUUAAAGCAGCUGGGGAUAAGGCCGUUGUUGUCGAUAUGUACACCCAAUGGUGUGGUCCUUGUAAGGUGAUGGCUCCAAAAUUUCAGCAGCUGGCUGAAAAGUAUCAAGAUGUCGUCUUCCUAAAGCUUGAUUGUAACCAGGAUAACAAGCCAUUAGCAAAGGAGCUCGGGAUAAAAGUGGUUCCGACGUUCAAGAUUCUUAAAGAGAGUACAAUUGUUAAAGAAGUCACUGGAGCCAAAUUUGAUGAUUUAGUUGUUGCAAUUGAGAGUGUCCGAUCCAGUUAAUCUGCUGUUUGUUUCUCACAGCUGUAACGCUGUUGUAUGAUAGUAUAAAGAAGUUCUAAGGUAUUAUACACUCUUGUUUAUGAAGGGAAGUUGCUUUGGAGGAAAAUGGAGGUACCCUUUCUAUUC